UCAAACUCCCCUAAGCAAUAUGAAUAUGAGAAAAGAUAUCGUAAUUGUUGCUGUUAGUAUGCUCAUUCACCAAGCAACUUUUUCCUUGUUUCCAGCAAGAGCAGCUGCUAAACUUGAUAUUGCAUGCAAUUUCGUGGAGUGUGGGAUGGGAAGCUGCCAGAAUUCUCCAAACCGGACAUUUGGGUUCGUCUGCGACUGCGCACCUGGCUGGACUCAGGUUGGACCCCAACGAGCUGAUGAUCCUCUCCGAUUCCUUCCAUGCAUCAUUCCCAAUUGUACCUUAAAUUACGCUUGCUACAACGAAUCGGUGCCUGAACCACCCAAAUCUGUUCCAAAGACUCAUAACUUCUCCCUCUUUGAUCCAUGUUAUUGGUCCUAUUGUGGACAUGGAGACUGCAUAAAGACUUCAAGGUUCAAGCAUCGAUGUGAAUGUAAAAAGAGUUAUGGCAACAUCCUGAAUAUUACAAACUUCCCUUGUGUCAAAGACUGUACACUGGGAGCAGAAUGCUCAAACUUGGGGUUUACAUGGACAAAUGGCUCGUUUCCACCUACUCCAACCACUUUCUUUCCUAAUGGCGGCCACGCAGUUUCCUCUUCUCAAAACUACCUACUGUGGUUCUUCUUCUGCGCAAUAUCGUUAGUCCUGGCUCAAGCAACAUGAAUAAAGGUCUAGAAUAUGGGUACAAUAGGCAUCAGCUUCUCUUUUACAUCUUCGAGAAUUUGUAAUAAAAAAGCAUAAGAGAUUUUACUUUCUGAUUUCUCCUUGUAAAUCUCAAACCCAUUCUGUAUAUCGCUGGGCGAGAAAAGAGGGGGAAAAUAAAAAUUUAAG